AGCGACAUCGCUUCUGUGGCCAGGCCACGCCAGAAAAAAGAGAUAGCCAUCCUGGAUUUCCCAUUCUCUUCAUGUUCUACAGCUCACAAUGUCAAAAAAUCGUACCUUUGGUUAUCAAAAUCAGCCAGCUCCUGCCAUGUCGCCUACUCCGUUCUUUACCGCAGGCGGUGCCGUAAAUCCUCUCUCGCCAGACGACGAAGACGACAACGACAUCUGUCCGGUUUGCGAUGGGGACUGCACUUGCGACAACAGACCACGAGUUGUCACCGUCCCCAUAGCCUCCACCAGCACUCACGCCCCAUCCACCAAUGCGCAUUCUGUUGCUACACCUGUCGCUUCCACCAGCUCAUCCUCUCACGCACCCGCUGUUCAGUCGUUGAAAAUCAAACUCACCGUCCCCACCAGCAUGCAAAACAGGGUACGCGCUCAGGCUGCUCACCACAAAAAAUCCAGGGGAGGUGUAGACCGCGCAUUUACCAGCAAUGCUGGGGAAAAAUCCAGCUCAAGUCGCAUCCCACAUCUAGGCACCAGCGUUCACGGCCAAGCCACAUCUUCAGACUUGACAAAGCGCAAGGGGCGCAAGCUCGCCACAACUUCACAAGACCGAUCCAGACUUUCGGCACAAGAACGGCUAACUGGUGCAAGCGAGCAGUCCACGUUACCCCAUUUCCACUAUCAGUCCCAAUCGCACCAUCACCGUGGACAGCAGUCAUAUGGCGCCAGCUCUCGGAACGCUGCUGGGAAACAGAAGAUCCCUUCGAGUGCCUCGAGGCCCCCUGCCAAAUCUGCCAAACAAAAGGGCAAAUCUACGGCUGUCAAAAAAGGGUCUUCGUCCAAGAAGAAGUCCGCCGCUCGUGACGCCUCGGAUUCUGACUUUGCCUUUGAGGACGAAAGCUUACUAGACGAUGACGACGACAAUGGCAGUUUCCCUACUUUCUUGUCGGCAUCGGCGCUUUCAUCUGGUGCUUCUUCUGACUCCUCUUCGGAAUCAGUGUCAGAGUCGACAGGUUUCGACUCCGAUUCAUCACUAGAAGCCGAGGAAGAGACCUACAUUCUUUCCGAGCAGAGACGCCAAGAGAAAGCUCGCGUACGUCGUGAACUUCUUGGUGAUGAAACCUAUCGCCACAAAGACAUUCAUAACAACUGGGUCAUCCGUCCCCGCAAGAAAAGUGUCGGUCUCUCCGAUGUUGAGAUGGACAGUGACAACGAUGAUACAUCGAACGGUGAGGAAGAGGAAGAGGAAGGGGAGGAUGAAAUGGAAGCAGAGGACGACGACGAAACUGAUGAUCAGCUGCCCUCCCGUCGGUUCAAGGGCCUCGUGACGGGUUGGUCAGAGUCAGAAGAGUCGACUUUUGAUGCGGACAUCUUCUUCGCCAACUUGUCAAGCUCUGACUCUGAAUCUGUUGACGACGAGAACCCCGAACAGUAUGUUAGGAACGCAGAGCAAGAAAGCGCGAUCGCUACUCCGGUUACGCCCCGUACUAUGGACUUCGAGGUUACCGAAGGCUGGGAUGGCCAAAUCGUCUUUACGAACGGUUUGACCUCCAAUCAAGUUGUCGAUAUGGAUUUCGAAGCACAUACAGUCCAGCUCACAUCCGAAGACGGCACAUCAGUUACCCAGUCCAGUGAUGUCGAGAUGCGUAACAGUGAGGGCGACGAAGGAGGCUAUGAGGAGGAGGACGAAGAGUUUGAUGACGGUGAGAGCGGUGAUACAACAGAAGAGGAGCUGGUCGACGAAAGGGGUCUACCGACCUCCCGCGCCAUGCGCAUGUUCCGAUGGCCAGCUAGUGUCUCCGCAAUCAACCCUCUUUCUACCGUCAGCCCGACAGUCAGUCCAGCCCCCAAUAAUCGGCGUACCACCAGCGCCUCUCUUCGACCUAUGGGCUCCCCUAGACCUGCCGACAUACUUGCUGGUCGGGUGUUCUUCGACGAGUCUGAUGAGCACCCAGAUAGCGGAGAGGGCAGUAGCGGUGGCCGUGUGCGUGUGGUUUCGCGCGCUGGCGAACCUUUGAUGGGCCAGUUCGACGUCGAGCCCGAAACCCCCCAGAAGGCUGCGAUUAUUACUGGGGCCAAUAAGGACGUUCCAUCUCCUUUCCCUCGACUUGGCCAUCGCAGGCGAUUCUCAAGCAGCGCCGGAAGCUUCAGUAGUAUGGACUUCCGCGGUCGUUCUUUAUCUCGAUUCGACGUUUUUACAUCCGGACCAGUCACGCUUGCGUCUUCCGAAGAUCCUUUCUCCGAAACCUCGUCUGAGAUGCCGCUCGGUGAGGAAAUCGAUCUCGACGAUGUUUUAGAUCCAUCCUACCUUAACGACACUUCCGCAUCGGAGUAUCCUGCCAUGUCGAGCACUGCUAGCGAAGGCGAGUCAAACCCUCAAAACUUUUACCGCUGGGACCGUGUCCCAGUGGGCGCAUUCCGCCUUACCCGAGAAGGCGCGGGAGACGUCACAUCGUCCCCCGGAUGGACGUCAGAACCUCCGACCUCGACUAUCGACGAUCAUGUUCUGUCGUACUCAAAUAUGAUGAAAAGCAGCCCUCUAAGCACCCUCCUUUGGCACGAUAGACGGCCGGACGUCAACGAGACUCCUACGAAGUCUCGUGGUGGUGUCACCGUCUCCCCAGUCGUGAUCCCUUCUCGCGAUGGCGAUCAAACUCCCGUGCCUGCACCUCAACCGGCCGCUUCCUCCUUUAAUCACCAACACUCGCAGAAAACACGAAAAGAGUCGCGUAGAGAAAUGAAAAGAGUCAAGCGGAAACUGUAUGGCCCCGUGCACAGCCAUUACAGUCACCAUCAGCAACAUCAGUUCCGUCAACACCAUCAUUAUCAUCAUCAUCACCACCCGAAUGCAAAACCGCGCGGCGCUGCUGGCGUGCAGCGCAUGAAAUUCAGUUCUCCGUCCACCAUUCCCUCCUUGAACAUAUAGGCAUUGCAUCGUUAUAUCGCCUACUCAUCCUUGGUUCUUUUGGUCUCCUCUCCUCCCAUACUGCCUCAUGCUUAUGGUUUUACUCUUCUAUUCUGUUGUAUUCCUCUUGCCCAUGAUACUCAUGCCCCUCACGCACAUCAUUUUACCUUCCUCAAGUGCAUCGACUCUUGCAAUUAUACCUAUACUCCUCAAGUUGUAUCUAUGGAUAUACGUCCAUUGUGUAUCCGCCUCUAUCAUGUCACAUUUGGUUUCUGAAAAUAGCCACUUCCAUGACUUCGUCUACUCAGUACUGUUUCGCCGUUUCCUUUUGCCGGCUUUUGCGCAU